UAAACCAGUCUCUCUCUCGAGUCAGAGAACACUUCUCGCCUUCCCAUUUCACACAUAUAGCGACCCGAAAGGCGACCUCCGGAGCGGGAGGAGCAAUGGCCACCGCCCGCGGCGGCGCAUCCCCAGCGAGGCGGGAGAAGGUCCGGCGGAUCUUCGAGCGCUUCGACGCCAACGGCGACGGUGGCCUCGACAGGUCCGAGAUGGCCGCCCUCGUUGCCGCCGUCAACCCCAGUGUCCACUUCACCCCGGCCCAGAACGACGCCAUCCUCGACGAGGUCUUCCGCUCCUACGCCGACUUCGUCCCUGACCCCUCCGUCGGCCUCUCCCUCGCCGGCCUCCUCCGCACCUACGACGACGGCGCCGGCGAUGUCGACCGCGACUUCGCCGCCCUCUCCAUCCUCGACCCCGAGACCGACCCGAACCCUAAUCCUAGCCCGGCUGGGGACCCGGAUCUCGCCCCCGAUCCCCACCCAAGGCUCGCCCCCGCUUGGGUCUCCUACCCCAACCACGGGAUCGCCCACGAGAGCACAUGGAGGGUCGUCGAGGAGUUGGAGUUCGCCAUCAGGUCUCGAAUUAAGGCUUCCUGUUCCAAUGUAAUCGCUAAAGAUUCGAUCUUGUUCGAUGGCUUCUCGGAUAACGGCUGGUCCACGGACCUCAGCCGGGAGUUGGAUCGAAGCGGGGUAUUUGUAAGGGACGAGAAUUGCAUGGAAUUCAGAGCUUUCUUGAAGCAAUUGAAGGAGAUCAGGGACAAGGUCGACCGGGCGCCGACGAUGGAGGAGGCCUUCGACGGCCACAUGGCGAUCGGAAGGACUUUAUACGAUCGGAAGCUGUUACCGGAGGCUCUGGAGAGCUUCCGGCGCGCAGCGGAGUUGAGGCCGUCCGACGUUCGCCCCCAUUUCAGAAUUGGCAACACUCUGUGGUUACUUGGACGGCCGUUGGAGGCUAAAGAAAGCUACUUGAUUGCUCUGGAAUCGGCAGAGACUGAUUCAGUCCAGUGGUCAUCUCUGCUCCCACAGAUACAUGUGAAUUUAGGGAUUGUGAUGGAAGGGGAAGGGCUAUUGAUCAAUGCUAGCGAGCAGUACCGUGAGGCUGCCAUCCUCUGCCCGACCCAUUACAGGGCUCUGAAGCUCUUGGGUAGUGCCUUGUUCGGUGUGGGGCAGUACGCAGCUGCUGAGAAGGCAUUGGAGGAGGCGGUGCUCCUCAAGUCAGACUAUGCUGAUGCCCAUUGUGAUCUCGGGUCAGUUCUCCAUGCCAUCGGGGAUGAUGAGAGAGCUGUGUUGGCUUUUCAAAAGGCAAUUGAUCUGAAGCCGAACCACUUGGAUGCACUCUAUAACCUGGGAGGAUUGUUUAAGGACGUCGGUCGGUAUCACAGAGCAGCAGAGAUGUAUGGAAGAGUUCUGGCUGUCCAACCAGACCACUGGAGGGCCCAGCUCAAUCGAGCUGUCUCGAUGCUGGGUGCAGGGGAGGCAGAAGAGGCGAAGAAGGCACUGGCUGAAGCUUUCAAGAUGACAAAGCGGGUGGAGUUGUACGAUGCAAUUGUCCACUUGAAGCAGUUGCAGAGGAAGUCUCAAGUUGAUGGCUUGGGUUGGGUAGUUGUUGAUGCUGCCAAGUUCAAACUGGCAAAUGAGAAGACCACUGACAGAAAAUGUGUGGCUGAUGCUCUUUGGAUCAGAGAGAUACAGAAGAUGACCAAACUUGGCCGCUGUGAUGUAGCUCUUUGGAAGAAAGAGAUGGAGGGAACUGAGGUUCCGGUCUCUUAUGCUGGGAAUGGGGUGCCACAGAGAUCAAUACAGAAGGCUGCAUUGGAGGUACUUCUUCGCAAGCUUCUGAGUAACCUUAAAGUUGAAUCCUUUCAAGGUUCUGUCAAAGCCAUUGAUGAAAAAAUAUGGGCAGUUCUGGAUGUUGCCGGUUCUGGUAAGGUGGAUCUUGGCAUGUUCUUUGCAAUCAUAGCACCGAUAUGUGCAGGCCCGCCAGAGAAGCGCAAGCGUGCUGCUUUUGAUGCUCUUUCAUGGCGCCCCAUGAAAAAUGAGGCCCAAGGCCAGAUAGCAAAGGUGGAUUCUUCUGUUUACUUUAGGUACUUAAGGGUUAUCUACUUUUGUUCUCAGGGGUUCACUGACCUGAUGGAAGUGCAUGGAGGAGAAGAAGAGAAUGCAAAGAUUUCAUUCCGAGAGUUUCUUGCUAUGUUUGAUGAUAUGGAUCAUGGUUUUGGGAUAUUAAGUACUUUAGUAAAGCUUGAGGCUGGUGAUAGAGUGCACCAGAGCAGAUAUUCUUGUGCCGUUUGCCAGUAUCGAAUCAGUGGAUUGAUGUUUAAAGAGACAACCUCCCGAUUCUGUCUGUGCUCGAGUUGUUAUAGUGAGUGCAAGGUGCCAUCUGCAUAUGAAAAAGAGGAAUACAGGUUCAAAGAGUGCCAAAUUGAGUGACUACUGGUUUGCUGCAUGUACAUCCUUCAUUUCCUUCAUGUAGAUAACAAUUCAAGAAUUAGUUGUUUUUAAAAGAAAUUCCGUAUAGUUAUUUCCUUGGCUUGAAUUUAGAACUCUAGAAAUAGGCAAAAUAAAUUUUCUUGUGAAGGCAAAUUCAUAAAAAUUCUUGUUUGAGAGGUUGAUUGAAAGGUGAGAAGGGAGAAAAUUAAUGAGGUUCCUU